AUGCAGGCGCAGGCGUUGCUGGCCGGCCUUGCUCUCCUCUGCCUCGCCGCCCAGCAAACCGGUCUGCUGCCGGCGGCCAUGGCGCGAACCAACCUCACCGCGGGAGACGCCCUGGCGCCGCCCCGUUACAUCACCAGCCCGUCCGGCGGCUUCGCCUUCGGCUUCCGCGCCCUCGACUCCGACCCGACCAAGUUCGUCCUCGCCACGUGGUUCCGCCUCGGGGACGGGGACGGCCAGCCGCAGCCGCAGCCGCAGCCGCAGCCGCAGUCCGUGGUGUGGUUCGCGAAAAAGACAACCAUGGGCAGCGCUCCCAUCGCCACCGCCGAGUCCGUCCUCAGCGUCACGGCCGACGGCCACCUCACGCUCACCGACGGCGGCGGCGGCCAGGAGCUGUGGAGGGCCCCGACUCCCAGCAUGCAGCGCGGGUCCGUGCUCGCGCUGGCCGACUCCGGCAACGUCCGGUUCCUCGCCACCGGCGGCGACGGGGACACGGACACCGUGCUCUGGGAGAGCUUCCGGUACCCGACGGACACGCUGCUGCCAGGACAGCCCUUGGCUCCGAGCCUCGGGGGGUCUCUCUUCUCCAAGCGCGCGGACGGGGAGUUCGCCACGGGGCGCUUCAGCCUGGCAGCCCAGCCCGACGGCAACAUCGUCCUCUGCAUCGACCUCUUCACCGGCCACAUACAGCACAAUUCCUACUGGGCCACCAACACCUACGGCUCCGGCGACAACACCACCGUCGUCCUGGACGACCGGGGCUUCCUCAACUACACGCUUCACGAUGGCACCGUUCACACCUUGAUUUCGCCGGCGGAAGUCGGCGGUCCCAACGGCGGCAAUUACUUGCGGUUCGCCAGGAUGGACACCGACGGCAUCGUCCGCACCUACACCAGCCCUAGAGACGGCGGCGAGGAUGCGUCCUGGACGGUGUCGGGGGCGCUCCCCGGCGACGGAGGCUGCACCAAGGCGACGACCUUGAGGCAGGGCUUGUGCGGCCCGGGGUCGUACUGCAUGGAGACCAAAGACCGGCUCAGCUGCCUGUGCCCGAGCGGCUACACCUACGUCGACGCGCAGCACACCGACAGCGGCUGCACGCCGGAGUUCGAGACGCACAGCAGCUGCAGCGCCAGCUCCGACGAGUUCUCGCUCGUGGAGAUGCCCAACACCACCUGGGAGAUUUCGUUGUACUACAAGAAGUACCCGUCGGUCACGGUAGAGCAGUGCAGGAGCUACUGCCUCAGCCACUGCUACUGCGCGGCGGCGCUGAUGAUCAACGGGUCCGACUGCGCGGAGGUGGGGGCGCUCACGUACGGCCGGCGGGCAGACGACGUCGCGACCACGGCGCUCAUCAAAGUGCGCAAGGGGAAUAAUACGAAUACUCCUCCCGCGGAUGGGAAGAGGAAGAGGAAGAUACUAGGCCCCUACGGGAUCGCCACCCUCUGCGUCUCCGGCCUCUUGCUGGUCACCAUCGGCGGCCUCGUGGCACGGCGCUACCUCGUCGGAGACGGGGACGGCGACAGCCAGCGGCCGUUGAGCUCCGGUGUGAGAGCGUUCAGCUGGAAGGAGCUGCACCAAGCCACCAACGGGUUCGAGAAGCUGCUGGGCAAAGGGAGCUUCGGGGAGGUGUACAAAGGGACGAUCAGGUCGCACCCCAUCGCGGUGAAGAAGCUCAUCGACUCCAACGAGUACAGCGAGCAGGAGUUCACCAACGAGGUGCAGUCCAUCGGGCAGAUCCACCACCGGAACCUGGUCCGCAUGAUCGGCUACUGCAAGGAAGGCAAGCACCGGAUGCUGGUGUUCGAGUUCAUGCCGGGCGGGUCGCUCCGCGGAGCCCUCUUCGCGACCCAACCCCAAGAGAGGCGGCCGCCGUGGCGCUGGCGUGCCGAGGCCGUCGUCGCCAUCGCCCGGGGGCUCGAGUACCUCCACGACGGCUGCGCCGCCCCCGUCAUCCACUGCGACAUCAAGCCCGACAACAUCCUGCUGGACGGCCGCGGCGUGCCGAGGAUCACCGACUUCGGGAUCUCCAAGCUGCUGGGGAGCGAGCAGGUGCACACCACGGUGACUCACAUCAGAGGCACCCGAGGGUACAUCGCGCCAGAGUGGCUCCGCAGCGACGCGCGCGUGGACACCAAGGCCGACGUCUACAGCUUCGGCGUCGUGCUGCUGGAGAUGAUCUGCUGCCGGAGGUGCCAGGAGCGCGUGGUGCACGGCGACGACCUGCCGCCGGGCAUGGUGGAGGUGGACGACCAUGACGAUGACGACGAGACGGUCACGCUGUUCGGUUGGGCGGCGCAGCUGGUGGUGGCGCGAAGGACGGAGCUGAUGCUGGACGGCGACGCGGGCGUUGACACCGCGGAGGACAUGGAGAGGGUGGAGCAGUUCGCGCGCGUGGCGCUCUGGUGCAUCGAGCCCAACCCGCACCUACGGCCGAGCAUGCACCAGGUGUUGCAAAUGCUGGAAACCAGGAGUGGGGCUCAGGGCCAGCCACUGCCUGACCCUCCAUCCUGUUACAUAGAAUCCUCACCUUUAAUCCCUCAGCUCAAGAUUCAACACUAGAGAUUUAUACU